AUGGCGGCCGGUGGCGCGCGGGCGGUGUUGCGGGCGCUGGGGGCGCUCGAUGCUGGUGGUGCAGCAGAUAAAAUCAAUUUAAUACCUCAAGACAUCUUUGCAGAGCUGUGUGAACAAAUAAUUCAUCAUCUGAACCAUAAGAUCCCAGGUGUAAAUACAGCUGAAUUGUGUCAGAGAAUUCAGACAUCAGGGAUUGAAAUUAACAUUGAUGACCUGGCAAAAAUAGCUAACAUUCUUUCAUUUCUAUUUAGCACAGCAGCCAGAAACAAUCUCUCUACAGAAGAACUUGUCACCACCUUGGGCAGUGCAGUCAGCACACUGCCAAAACAUGCACUUCAAGUUAUCCGUCAUGUGUGGAAUGAGCAGGGCAAAUCCAUCACUGCAUCAGAAGAUGCAAGAAAUGUGGCCACCGUGGGGCAGUUUGUAGAUAUGAAAUGGAAACUGGGAGUUGCGAUGAGCUCUGACACCUGCCGGUCCCUGAAGUAUCCAUAUGUUACAGUGACGCUGACGGUGGCAGACCCUUCAGGACACAUAACAGACAAGUCUUUUGAAAUGACGAUCCCACAGUUCAAGAACUUCUCCAGACAGUUCAAGGAAAUGGCAUCUGUUCUUGAAACAGUUUGAAGAGAACUUUAAUUUACAGUGACAUUUUGGACAAAGUUAGAUCAAGGAAACUUUCCGUUCUGCACAGGGAAUAAAGUGCUAUUGUUCAGCAAGGUA